AGCCCCAUCGCCUGAGCAGUUCGCCACCGCGGCCACCUUAUAUACCAUCCAACCUACCUCGUCCAUUCCAUCCAAUCAUCCAAAAUCACCCACAUUCAUUCUGUUCUCAGUAGCAUACCCAACGUGCCACUCCCACUCGUUUACACGAUCCAUCUAUCGUUUAUCCAGUACACGCUCCGUUUUGACACACAUGAAGACGACUUUACUAUUUGCCGGAGCGGCCUUGCUCACUCAGAUUGGAAAUGGCCUAUCCGUACCACGGAGGCGGGAUGGAUUGAAGGUGGUUGGCUUGCCGACCGAGAGACGGGCGGCCCGGAAUCCGGUACACAGAGACGAGCUGCGGAAACGAGGAUCUCUCGCCGUAGGGAUCGACAAUAAGGAAACAAUCUACUUCAUCAACGCGACUAUCGGCACGCCAGGCACGUCGGUAAGGUUACACCUCGACACGGGCAGCAGCGAUCUGUGGGUCAACACUCCCACCUCGCAGCUUUGCGCAGAGUCCAGUGACCCAUGCCGCUUUGCGGGCACCUACACGGCAAACUCCUCGUCAACGUACGAGUACAUCAGCAGCUACUUCAACAUUUCGUACAUCGACGGCUCCGGGGCAAGUGGAGAUUACGUAUCCGACACAGUCACCAUCGGCGGCCAGAAGGUGGAAAGGUUACAGUUCGGUGUCGGUUACUCCAGCGCCAACACGCAAGGGAUUCUCGGAAUCGGCUACCCGGCAAAUGAGGUCCAGGUCAACCGCGCCCGCCUCGCUCCCUACAAGAACCUCCCCGCUCAGAUGGUGGCUGAUGGCUUGAUCAAGUCCAGCGCCUACAGCUUGUGGUUAAACGAUCUGGACGCCAGCACAGGCAACAUCCUUUUCGGCGGUGUCGACUCCGAAAAGUACACCCCGCCAUUGCUCUCCCUCCCCGUGGAAGCCGAAUCUGGCGUCUACUCGGAAUUCAUGAUCACCCUCACUGAUCUCACGCUCGGCAACACAACCAUCGCUUCUGACCUCGCGCUCGCGGUGCUCCUCGACACCGGCUCCUCCCUAACCUACCUGCCCGACAGCCUCGUCCAGAACAUCUACACGGAGAUCAACGCCGUCUACGACCGCAACAUCAGCGCCGCCUACGUGCCGUGCGCCCUCGCCUCCGACAGCACCAAGCGCGUGGACUUCACCUUCACCUCGGCCACCAUCGCGGUCGAGAUGAACGAACUGGUCCUCGACAUCUUCACCUCGACGGGCCAGCGCCCCAGGUUCUCCAACGGCGUGGAGGCAUGCGUGUUCGGCAUCAGCCCCGCGGGGACCAGCAUCAACGUGCUGGGCGAUACCUUUCUCCGGUCGGCCUAUGUCGUGUACGAUCUCGAUAACAACUACAUCUCGCUGGCGCAGACCAGGUUCAAUGCCACCGCGACGAAGGUGCGGGAGAUCGGGACGGGAGAGGAUUCGGUUCCCGGGGCCACCAAGGUGGCGAACCCUGUGCGGGCGACCGAGGGGUUGAGGGCGCCCGGCAGUGCUACUGCCCCCGAGGUCCCGGAUUCCCAGGGGGCGAAGUUGGGUGACCGCAAGCGCAAGUCGGUGGCCGCGUUGAUCCCGCUGCUUAUUGCGGCAUUGAUUUUACUGUAGAGGACCCGGGGUGGUGUGCAAUGUGCUAUACGGCUUGGUUUGGG